AUGACCUACGACGGCAACAUCAAGAACAAAGAUCUGCUCGCCCUGCGCGAGUAUGUCACCCACGACUCCGGCUCGCUGAACAAGGCGGACAGCACCGUGCAGCUCAUGGUGACCCACAGUAACCUCAAAGCGAGAUUCAUGGAGAUCCGCUUCGACCGAUACAUGAGCAUCCUCCGCGUCAAGGAGAAACUCAUGACCCACGUCGGUAGCAACGUGAGCACUAUGCGCCUGGUGCUGAAGGACUGGGACGGCGCGACCGUCUCCGAGCUGGGCGACGACUCCAAGAUGCUCGGCUACUAUUCGCCCGAGGAUGGGUGGACGAUCCACAUCAUCGACGUGGACACCAACUCGAUGUCCGCCAACGGCUGGCUCGAGGACGUUAGCAAGGUUAAGAAGUACAUGAUGUCCGACGAGGAUUACGAGGCGAGGGAGGGCACCUACCGCCAGUGGAAGAAGGAGCAGCUCGCCAAGGACCCAACAUGGUGCCUGGAGAAGGCCAUGGCAGAGAAGCGUGGCGAGGUCUGGGUCCCGCCCGCGGCGCCCAUCGAGGACGACGAACACCAGGCGGAGGAAGCCAGUGCGAUCACAGUGGGUAUGCGCGCGGAGAUCAACCCCGGGGGUAAGCGCGGCGAGGUGAAGUUCGUGGGCAAGUGCGAGACGCUGCCCAAGGGUUGGUGGAUCGGCAUUCAGUUCGACGAGCCCGUGGGCAAGAACGACGGCAGCGCCAAGGGCAAGAGGUACUUUGAGUGCCCCGACGGGUACGGAUCCUUCCAGCGCCCGGUCAACGUGCAGGUAGGGGACUUUCCUCCCGUCGACGACUUCGACUUCUCCGACGACGAGAUAUAA